CACUUUUGCUGGCGUAUCUAGCUGGACCCCGUGACUGCUUAGUCACCCCAAAGUUGCCCUUUCGUCAUCCUUCUUUCCUCCUACUGCCAGCAUCUUCACCCAUCGCGUCCAAGCGAUGAGAUAGCGGACAGCAACCCUCAGAAGGCGCCUCCUCCGAUCCAAUGGCAUACAAACGAGCUCGCGCACCCUCUCCAACCAACUCGCAGAAGCGCUCUCGCGGCGGCGGACCAUCAAAUUACAUAUCUCUGGGCACCGAGCUUCCAGACGAGGACGGCGACGAUGGCGCUUUCGUGCCAGUCUGGAAGCAGACUGUGACGGACGAGCGAGGCCGCAGGAGGUUGCAUGGUGCUUUUACUGGAGGCUUUAGUGCAGGAUACUUUAAUACAGUUGGAUCUAAGGAAGGAUGGGCACCCAAGACUUUUGUUUCCUCCCGCACGAACCGUACCAAGGAUCAACCCAAUGGCCAAACACAGCGAGCCGAAGACUUCAUGGACGACGAGGAUCUGGUUGCUGCUGCCGAGUCGCGUCAACUGGAGACUGCACAGGCUUUUGCCGGUAUAGGAGAUGCCGGGCAAGCAACUGAUGCCGACCCCUUCGGACUCUUCUUGACCCAAGAAGAGACCAUGGGUGUGAAGAUCGCACAGAAGAUGGGCUGGCGGCGUGACCAGGGCAUUGGCCGCAAAGUCCGCCGCAACGCUCGCCUCGAAGAUGACGCCGAAUUCAAGCAUGUCUCUACCCACCUAUUCGCCCCGCAAGACGCUCAAAUCAUGACGACUCCGCGAGAGGAAGUGCGUCGGAAGGGACUAGGAUAUCUGUCGGAAGCUCGUUUGGCAGGUGUGGAAGAGAAAGAGACGGGCCGUCCUACAACCCAUCUACAUUAUCUCGAGAGCUUCAAGAACCCGUCAACAGUGCAAAAGCCUGCAUUGAAAAAGUCAUCAUUUGGGGUUGGCGUGCUCAAUGACACUGGCUCAGACGAUGAGGAUCCAUACGAGCUGGGCCCGAAGAUUACCUUCAAUAAGACUCUAGGCAAAGAUAAGAAGGCAAAGAAGCCCAGCAAGUUUGCCAAAGUAGGGGCCGGGGACAAGCACGUUUUUGUUUCCAAGAAGGGAUCGUCUAAGGCACUUGUGUCGGUGACGAGACCAUCGAUGGAUGGAAAUCCUCCUUUGAAAGGUUUCACUCUGGCUGCUAGCCUUGCAGAUCUUUCGAUCAAACCAAAGUAUCCGCCACCGAAGAUUCCUCCUGGGUGGAAGUCCUCAAAGAGCACGGCUCUUGUUCCAGAUGCUACCAAUUAUCAAUCCGUUACGGACGCUGCAAAAGCUUCCACUCUAGACGCAAAAGGGCGUUCAGCUCUUCUUGGGGAAACAGCUCUGCCUGGCAAGUCCAUCUUCGACUUCAUCCCCAAGGAGGCUCGAGAUCGCCUUGCAACACUAUCUGGAAAGGUCGACCUUCCUCAAGGCCUUGGACAAGCGGCUCCUGAGGGACAUCUACCGGCGAACAAAGCGCAGCCUAAAGACCUGUGGAACUUAAUUCCUCCACUUGAUAAGAGUCUAGCUGCAGGGGCUCUUGCCAAAGGUGCAACUGGCUGGAUGCCUUACGCAGAAGACCUGAAGAAGCGUGCACGAUACGUUGGAUUUCUGGAGCUGCGGGCAGGUUUGAAGGACGAUUUGCUUGAACGACCUGAUGGUAUAUCAACCUCUGAUUGGGUCAAAGAACUCCAGGAGUUUGCGCAUGCUGCGCAAGUUUUCAAGCCGACUACCGGUAUCAUGGCAUCACGUUUCACCUCGGCGUCGUCCUCUGUCCAAGGCGGAAGUGGUGGAAGCGCCUCAAAUGAUAACCUUUUGCGACAACCUGCAGCGAAGCCAGAGGAUCCGGCUGAACAGGCUGCCAAGCUAAAUAUGUACGGUCCCAUGACUCGAAGCAGCUUCCCAUUCCACCCAUCACGACUUUUGUGCAAACGCUUCAAUGUCAAACCACCUCCUGACAUGCCUCCCGAGUUUGAUGCUGGCGACAGCAACUUCAAGUCACAGACAGAGGAUGCGGUUUCCAAGUCGGCAAUGGACAAGAUGUUGCACGAGAUGCUCACAAAUGGUCCUGCUAUCCAGCGUCCAGCAUGGAUGGGACAGGCAACGGAAGAGACUGGCCCUGUUACCACCUCACUGCCGGUCACGCAUGCUACCGUGGAUGUGGAGAAGAACGAGGCUCUUUCGAAUGAGCGUGCUUCGGACGAUGUAUUCAAAGCGAUUUUUGGUGAUGACGAUGAUGACGAGUAGACUUGAAGGCAGCUAGGAUGGUAUUCGUUAGAUCUCUACUUCAACUUUGGAUAAUACAAUACUAGCCAUUACGUUGCUUUCUUGUCCCCUCUGCUUUAACCCUCUCUACAACGCAGCACUACGCUUCUAACCAAGAUGUCUCUCACGUUCUGAAAACCCAUUGACACAGGGUCUACGCUCAAUGUCAGCAGCCAGUCGUAUAAGCUGGCAUACUCUUUAACACUCUUACCGUACACUCCGCGUCUACUUCCCAGCAUCUAACAUCUAGCAAAGCACUUUACCC